ACGAUUCUUCAAAGGGAAAUUGCUCUCGCCUCGCCAACAAAACAAACCGCGAGGAGAAGAAAAGAAGAUACCAAUAAGAAAAGAAGACAAUAUCUCCACUACACCACCUGGAAUUAUAUACCGGUAGCUGUCAACAUGUCUGGACUGCUGGAGCCCACCCUGUACAUCAUCAAAGGCAUUGCCAUCCUGGACAAUGAUGGUAACAGACUGCUGGCUAAGUACUACGACCCUUCCGUCUUCUCUGGGGUGAAGGAAGAACGCAAGUUUGAGAAGAACCUUUUCCAGAAGACUCAUCGUGCCAAUGCUGAAGUGAUCAUGCUGGACAGACUCACCUGUGUCUAUCGCUCCAAUGUGGAUCUCUUCUUCUAUGUCAUGGGCAUGUCCUAUGAGAACGAGGAGUGGGUUUGCAGAGAUUCCACAGUCGUGCAUCCGACCUUCAGUCUCUGUGCCACUUCUCCUCCCUCUGGUUGA